GGCCUCUAGCCCAACCAGCUGCCCGCUGAGGUCUGCCCCUUCUAGGGCGCCCUCUGGACCCCUCUCUGGCUCCCAGCUGCGCGGGUUCCCCCACCCUUUGAGGUGGUGUGGAGGGGCCACAGAAGCCGCCCUCGUGGGAGGUGCUGUCAGCAGCCCCGUCCUGCCGGCUCUCCCCUCCGCUUCCGCCCCGCCCAGCCUCCCCAGGACUUAUGCCCUGGGUCUGCCUGGCCUCUGGGGGUUUUCCUGGAGCCUGGGCUUUUUCUGGCAAACCUUGAGAUCGAGGCUCAUUGAUGUCAUCAGACGCCUUCAUGAGUGAGGCAAACCACACCUAUACGGGGCCUUCAGAGCUCCCCACAACAUCAGCUGUGGCCCCUGGACCAGGCACUGGAGGCCGGGCAUGGCCUGUGCUGGUAGGAGUUGUGCUGGGGGCUGUGGUCCUCUCUGUCAUCAUCGCACUUGCUGCCAAAUGUCACCUCUGCCGCCAAUACCGUGCCAGCUUCCAGCACCACCAGCUGUCCAGUACAGGGAGUGGGAACCACCCAGAGAUAGGUGAAGAGGAUGAUGAUGGCUUCAUUGAGGACAAUUACAUUCAGCCUGGGGCUGGCGAACUGGAGACGGAGGGGAGCAGGGACCACUUCUCUCUCUGAGCCCUAAUCUUUGGACACUCACCCUUGUCUCCUGACAGUAUAAGGAUGCAGGAUGCUAUACUUGAGCCUCAAACCUCAGGGACAAAGAUGGCUAGGGCAUAAAGGUUGAGCAGGGUGGAGCAGUCCCCCAUUACUGACACAUGCCACCAAAAUGAGCAUGAGUCUUUCUCGACUCAUAAUGCCCAGUGGUUUCCUCCUGUUCCCAGGAUUAACCUAACAAUCACAUGAACAUGGAAGAAAAGCCCUCUGUGAUCUUGUUGGCCUCCUAAGUUUCCUUUUUUUAUUUUGUUUUUUGGCCUUGACUUGCUGUUUGUUUUCCCCUCCCUCACCAUGUAGUUUGUGCUCCUCUUGUUUCCCGUACUGGGCUGUCUUGCCCAUCACUCAGCUGCCCUCUGCCAGUGAUGAAAGCUCCGCCAGCAGCCCCCAUUGCCUGCUUACCUGCUGCUCUUUUAUAUGUGUCUAGAUGACAGGGAGAAAUCAGUGCCAAGUUCUUGAAAUUACUUCUUAUCAGUAAAGUUCAUGAUCUGGUUAUAUUAUGUUUAUCAUAGAAAUUAAUAAAUCUAUUUUCAUUUUGAAUAAAAA